GGCUGGUUGACACGGUGGCGCCGCAAGUAUAUAAGGAACGCGGCAGUUUCCUUCAGCACAGUUGUUCACGCACCGUCGAAGAAUAAACAAGAGGAAACAUGUACUUCCGUCUUAUGAUUGUCUCAGUGGUGGUGGCGGCGGCGGUGGCGGCGCCCACCUACGACACGCCCAUUCCCAUUCUGAAGGACGAUCGCACCCAGAACGCUGCCGGCGAGUACUCCUUCAACUUCGAGACUGGCAACGGCAUCGUGCGCAGCGAGUCCGGCUACCAGGCUGACGGCCAGGAGAACUCCGGCGCCUUCAGCUACACCAGCCCCGACGGCACGCCCGUGGCCAUCUCCUUCACCUCCGGCGCCGGCGGUUACCAGCCCGAGGGCGCCGUGCUGCCCGUGGCCCCAGCGCUGCCCUACGAGCGCACCCAAGACUUCGGACACUAAGCCGUCUGUCCUACUCCAAGCUCACCACGCCCACCGUCACGUCCCCGGCUCCCUCAAUGUCUCCCCCGCUCGCAGGGAACUCUCUCCCUCGUGCACAGCGGCGGGACUAUUUAUUGUCGUCCUCGCGGCAGCCACGCUCUCUUAUUUUUCUGAUGUAAAUAAAGGAAGAAUGACUGAA